AUGGCACGUAUUGUGGAAAAAGAAAAUAACUCCGUCAACGAUAUUCCGGAUGGAGAAGAUGAUUCGCUAUCAAACAUUAUAGAACCUGUUCGAAGAUGUAACCGUGAAAGUGGAUUAGAUACAUCUUGGGAUCAGAGUAUUUAUGUUUCAUUUCAAGAAUCAAAGGAUUGUGAAAAUAAUAAAACACCGCCAUUCGUAACCGUUAUUAUGCCUGACGUAAGUCCUGAAGGAAGCAGGGCGAAUAGUUCCACACAGACUGAACCAACUGUACAAGAAUGUGACAUAGUGGAUAUAAAUUUAUCUUUUAAUAAGGUUUAUAAUGAAUACGACCUGGAGGAUUCAUCGUCCACCGAGAGUACUGCUAGGUCUAAGAGAUUUAGACAAGAGACUCAAGACGAACACAGGAAUUUGCGCCCGUGGAAAAAGAUUAAGUCCAUCGAAUCUAAUACCUCAAGCGUAUCAGAUCUUACUGAAGCAAAAAUUCAUGGAACAUCAAGUUCAUCAAAUCAUCUUUGUUCAGAGUCAGAAGCUUCAUUUAAAUCUGUUAAUAGCAAUUAUUCAUUUAAGACACGAAAAAGACGAAGAAAAUCAGACACAAGUUUAUUUAGAGACGCGAUUCAACGGUCCCGAAAACAUGUCAUAAAUUAUUCCGCCAAUAACACUCCAGCUGGUACUCCUAGGAGAGAGAAGGUUCUACGGCGAAGUAAUCGUACGCGCGUUUGGCGAAUAAUGGAAUUAUGUUCAUGGAUCGGAAAGAAGAGUGUACAGUCUAUUACUGGCUUGUAUGCGGAUAUGCUGAGGGAACCAAUAACGCAAACGGAGACUAAAGAAAAUGCUAUCGCCGCAGAAGUGGAGGAAUUAAAAAAAUAUAUACAGGAGAUGGGUCAGACGCAGGAAACGUUGGCCAAAGAGAACAAAUGUUUACAAGAGCAGAUGAAGAAAAUGAUGGGAAAAAUUGAAGAACUCGAGGGUAAGCUCAGUUCUCAAGAGAUCGAGCCCAAGAAACCAGUAUGUCCCCCGCCACCGCCACCUCCUCCCCCGCCUCCCCCUCCCCCUCCACCACCGUUACCCCAACAGAAUUCCAAACUACCCGUGCGAUCAAACACAUUACCUAGAUGUGGUUCCGCACCAUCACGCAUUCCUGGCCCGAGGCUUACCAUCACGCCAGAGGAUAUUGCCAACGUGAAGUUGAGGAAAACUAAGAAUAAUCCUGUUCGAGUUAAACCUACACAAAAAGAAUUAAAACAGCCGUUGGUGACGCAACAUUUACUUGAGACGACACGAGCAAGACUCGGUAGGAAUAAACCCGUCGCAGCUUCUACUCCAAAGCAGCAGCUUUCUGAGUUGGAAAAAUGCCUACUACAAGAGACGUCGGUGACGUCGCUGUACCGGCGGCGCGCGGCGCGCGGCACGUUCCGCAGCGCGGAGGAGCUGCGCGCGCGGCCCUACCCGGCGGCGCGCUGCGGCCGCUCGCCGCGCUCCCCGCGCUCCCCGCGCGCCGCCUCGCUCACGCGCACCGUGCAGAUAUCCCCUCUCAAGUUCCCCUUACUGUGCCCCAAUAAAGAUUGAAACAUUAUUUAUCAUUUAUAUAGCAUGUCACUCAGUUAAGUUGCAACUUUCUGAUGUGAAAGAAUAAUUGAUAUCGGUC